AUGACCACAGCACUGAGGAUGCUUGCUUAUGGAGUAGCAGCUGAUUUUAUGGAUGAAUAUGUGAGAAUAGCAGAAACCACUGCAAUAACCAGUUUGAAAAAAUUUAUUGCAGCAGUGGUUGCUAUUUUUUCAGAGGAAUACUUGAGGUCACCAAACAAUGAAGACAUCGCUAGAUUGUUAGCCCAUGGCCAAAACCGUGGAUUUCCAAGCAUGUUGGGAAGUAUUGAUUGCAUGCAUUGGAAAUGGAAAAAUUGUCCAACUGCAUGGAAAGGGAUGUAUUGUGGUCAUAUUUGUGAGCCAAGUAUUAUUUUGGAAGCAGUGGCUUCAUAUGAUCUUUGGAUAUGA